AUGAUAUUAACCAACACUGAACGAUCAAAAAUGACUUCAAGAGUUUCAGGUGAUAAUUGCACACAGUGCCAAGAAAUAAGUUCUACCUCAGAUUUGUUUUCUUGCCCUUUUGAAUCGAGAUUCCCAUUAAGGGGCAGACGAUCUUACAGAAGGUCCCUUCGACCCAUCCCUAAUCCCGUACUAUCCAGAGAAAUGUUUAACCUUGUAAAUCUAACCAGGAGAGGUGUACAAUUAAGGGAUUCAAUUUCAACAAGAACUGCCACUAUAUCGGUUAUAGUAAUAUUUUUGUCAUCCUUAUUUGCUUUGUUUCUAGUCUAUAGCAAUUUUCCACAGGUAUCCAAAGAAGAAAGUCAACAUAUAAGAAUUCCAUGGAAUAUUGAAGAUGCUAAAAAUCUUGGUAUCGUCUUAAAUAAAUACAAAAGUGAAAAUUAUUAUCAAGUGAUGGCAGGAGUUUUUAUAACUUACAUAUUCCUUCAAACGUUCGCCAUUCCAGGAUCCCUAUUCCUAUCAAUCCUCUCAGGUUUUCUAUUCCCCUUCUUCACAGCCCUCGCCUUAGUCUGCACCUGCUCAAUGGUCGGAGCAUCGCUCUGCUUCCUCCUUUCCCAACUCCUCGGUAGAAAGCUAGUCCUCCACUACUACCCUGAAAAAGCGGAAGCGUGGGCCAGACAAGUGGAGAGGCAUCAGUCCAACAUGUUCAAUUACAUCGUGUUCCUCAGGGUGACGCCGUUUUUGCCGAAUUGGUUCAUCAAUUUGACCGCGCCAGUUAUCGGAGUGCCUUUGUAUCCGUUCGCGUUCGGAACGUUCGUUGGGGUGGCGCCACCGUCCUUUAUCGCCAUACAGGGCGGACAGACUUUGAACGAGAUGACCGCCAGUGAUGCAGCCUUCAGUAUGUCCUCUGUGAUGUGGUUGAUUCUGUUCGGGUUCGUGUCGCUGAUACCGAUAUUUUUGAAGGGGAAGUUGAGGGAGAAAAUUGAGUGA